UGCAUCAUUGGCAUCCCUGACCCGGGAGAAUGGUCCCAAUGUGGUGAAAGGUGAUCCAGCAAGAAAGGGUGAGACCACACCCAAAGUAAGCUCAGCGCACUACCACCGCUUCGUGCCCAACCUCAAUGUCACCGACAGUUACCUCAAGUUCACCCAUUUCCUCCACAACCUCUCCCCUGCUGAAUUGUACGAGCAAGCCAUUAGGUAUGAGAAGGGUUCAUUCAUUACGUCCACUGGUGCAUUGGCGACCUUGUCGGGAGCCAAGACGGGUCGUUCUCCGCGGGACAGACGAAUCGUGAAAGAUGACGCCACCACCGCCCUCGAGCUCUGGUGGGGAAAGGGCUCACCAAACAUUGAGAUGGAUGAGCACACAUUUCUCGUCAACCGAGAGAGGGCCGUUGAUUAUUUGAAGUCUCUGGAGAAGGUGUAUGUAAAUGAUCAAUUCCUGAACUGGGAUCCCGAGAACAGGAUCAAAGUCCGGAUUGUCUCCGCAAGGGCGUAUCACUCACUCUUCAUGCAUAACAUGUGUAUCCGGCCCACGCCUGAAGAGCUAGAGGACUUCGGCGAUCCGGACUUCACAAUAUACAAUGCGGGCCAGUUCCCGUGUAAUCGUUACACACACUACAUGACCUCCUCGACCAGCAUAGACGUUAACCUUGCGAGGAGGGAAAUGGUUAUCCUCGGCACACAGUAUGCGGGGGAGAUGAAGAAGGGUCUUUUCAGUGUGAUGCACUAUCUCAUGCCUAAAAGAGGAAUCCUCUCGUUGCACUCUGGAUGCAAUAUGGGCAAGGAUGGUGACGUGGCACUCUUCUUUGGUUUAUCAGGUACUGGAAAGACCACACUGUCCACAGACCAUAAUAGACUCUUAAUCGGCGAUGAUGAGCAUUGUUGGAGUGACAAUGGUGUUUCGAACAUUGAGGGUGGUUGUUAUGCAAAAUGCAUUGACCUGUCCCGGGAAAAGGAGCCUGAUAUCUGGAAUGCCAUUAAAUUUGGAACUGUGUUGGAGAAUGUGGUUUUCGAUGAGCACACUCGUGAAGUGGAUUACACGGAUAAAUCUGUCACAGAGAACACCCGGGCAGCUUAUCCUAUAGAGUUCAUCCCUAACGCAAAGAUGCCCUGUGUUGGGCCUCAUCCUAGGAAUGUUAUUCUCUUAGCAUGCGAUGCCUUUGGCGUCCUACCACCUGUUAGCAAGCUGAAUUUGCCUCAGACUAUGUACCAUUUCAUCAGUGGCUACACUGCUCUGGUGGCUGGCACAGAGGAUGGUAUUAAGGAGCCGCAGGCUACUUUCUCAGCUUGCUUUGGGGCGGCAUUCAUUAUGCUGCACCCUACCAGGUAUGCGGCCAUGCUUGCCGAGAAGAUGCAGAAGUAUGGUGCAACAGGAUGGCUCGUCAACACUGGCUGGUCUGGUGGAAGGUAUGGUGUGGGCAAGCGGAUCAAGCUGCAGUACACGAGGAAGAUCAUUGAUGCCAUUCACUCUGGCAAACUUCUCAAAGCCAACUACAAGAAAACUGAUGUGUUUGGGCUGGAGAUACCAACUGAGCUGGAAGGAGUGCCGUCAGAGAUUCUCGACCCGAUAAACACUUGGGAGGACAAGGCAGAAUAUCGGGAGAUGCUGCUGAAGCUGGCGGGGCUGUUCAAGAAGAACUUUGAGGUGUUCGCGACCUACAAGAUUGGCAAGGAUGGCACGCUCACCGAUGAGAUCCUCGCUGCUGGCCCAAACUUGUGAGGCGUCAAUCCUCAUCAAAAUUAAGCGGAAGGAGAGGGUGAGGCAUAAAAAGUGGGAGGAGGAAGAAAUCUAGCGGUUGAAAGUGUGAUAUGGUAAUAUGUAGGGGAGUAGCGUAUGUUUGUUUCAUCUGCAAUGUCAAUUUGGUUGGUUUAUAUAUUUAUGCUAAAUUAGGAUCAACAAAUGCUGCGUGGGGUAUGGUAUAUGUUAUAUAUGAAAUCAAUGCAAGUUCGGUGUUAAUCA